GUCAAUGUCACCUGUAAUUUCAAGGUUUUUGUCCAAAACAAAAUGAAAAAAUUACAGGUUUAAUCUGGCCUCCGUUAUCCUGGAUAACAGUAAAUCACCCUUAAAGGGUCUUGUUUAAUAGGUUUAAUUAAUAUCAUAUUUGGGUACAAAUGUUGAGACAAAGGCAGCAGAAGAUAAUUUUAAGUGCUAUUCGUAAUAUAUCUUCAAGACCAAGGCUAUGCGCUAGUCACUAUGAUGUACUCGGUGUUACGCCAAAGUCAACACAAAAUGAUAUUAAAUCAGCCUAUUACAAAUUAUCCAAGUUAUAUCACCCCGAUAUAUCGAGUGAUGAAACAUCUGCUAAGAAAUUCAGAGCUAUAACAGAGGCAUAUGAGGUGUUAGGAAAUAUUAAAUUAAAAAAAAUGUACGACAAAGGUUUGCUAACCGGCAGGGAGAAUACAAGUAGAAUGGAUUAUACUCCCGACACUGAACCAGAUGAUCCAACACUUAAGUUUUACAGAUCACAUUCUAAACGACAAGUAGCACCAACCAUGGAUGGUAGAACACCAAUCUACGACUUUGAUGCAUGGUCAAAACAACACUACGGUGAUUUAUUGCAAAAGUCCAUCAAAGAUAAAGAGUUUCUUAAAAAGAAAGCAGCAAAAGUUAGAGAGUUGCAGCAGGGGACACAGCAAGAAACUUUAUUUUACACUCUAUUCGGUGUUGGUUGUCUAUUCCUGUUUCUUGUUGUCUAUGGUCAAGAUGAUUACGACAAAGACCGUGUUGUUAAAAAUAUUACCGCGAAUAAAGAAACCAUAGACAAGUAAAUAUCAAGUCCACUUAGAACAAUUGUUAUUAGAUAAUUAUUUUUUUAAUAUUGUUAGUUCCAGUUGAUUUUGCUUUGAGCGACUAAAUAUAACUUAGACUAUAUGUAUAUAUUGUACAUAUUUAGAUAUCUCAACUUUAAAUUACUAAAGCAAU